GAUAUUAUCGAACGACAAAAUGUACCUUCUUAUUGAUGUCUAGUUCCUGUCGGUCAGUUUUAAUUAUCCUGUUUCAUGGUUAAAUACUAAUUAAUUCAGUUGUUAACGUCCCAAUUAUUGUAAUUUGUUUAAUAAGCUAUCGUUUUGUUGUAUUAGUCAGCGUUUAGCGCUGCCCUUCGAGGUAUCUUUUGUCAUCGAGUGUGAAUUGGUGUAUAGGCGAGGCUAGUUUUGCAAUGGAGACGUUGCAAAUUGGUGAAGAAAUGUCUGGAGAGGUGGAUGAUAAGAACAUGAGAGAUGAUAAGGAAGAAGGAAUUCUAAGCGAUGGUAUUGAGAAUGGAAUUUACAGUAUACAUUUAUUGGAUUUUUCUGAUGACGUACUGCUUUUAAUCUUGAAGAAUCUCCCACCGAGAGAUCUGAAGGCACUUAGCUUUACUUGUACGAAGUUCGCCAGUUUAGUAUUAGAGAGAUCUUUGUGGCGUAAAGUGGAUGCUAGAGGUAUACCGUGUGGUACUGCGAGGUUCAAAUGGUUACUGAAUGCCUUCCAUGGAGAUACAACCAGUAUUAUGUUGACUGGAUAUGCGCAGCAGAAUGUUGGUUGCUGGGGACAUCAUAUUCCUAAGGAGGGCCAAGUUGAACCUAAGCAAGGGAUACAAGUGGAACCGGCUGUUCCCAGAGUACAUGAAAUGCAGUUUUGUGCAAGAAAUCCUUUUAGAAGACAACACGCAUUAUUUCAUAUCCAAGCGAGACAAUUACCAAGGGUGGUAAGUACUCCAGCAUGGCCUGAUGAGCCUAAGAAGGAGGCCUGGGAGUUGGUGGCUAAGGAUUUCAUACCAUCUGAUGAGAAUCAGGAGACGGGGACCUGUACCGGACCUAGGUUCACAUUCACAGCGCCUAUGUUCCUAAAACUGAUAGAAAAGUGUCCUAACCUAACAACGCUGGUGUUGGAAUACUGUAAUCUGAAUUGCAAGACAAUACAUUUAAGUCAAUUAUCCUCAACUUUGAAGACACUUUCUUUAAAAGGCUUGAAAUGUUUUAAUUUCUUAGUGGACAGAUCGUUUUUAUUUAAAUUACAAGACGCUUUGCCCAAUUUAGAGACGUUGGAUUUGAGUGAAUGUGAUUGGUUGGAUCCGUCGUCUUUUUUACCUUUGAGUAAAUUGAAUUCUCUGACUCGACUACGUUUGUGCAACUGUCCUCGUCUGUCGGAGUUCGUCGCGUAUAGCUCUUUAGCAACGAGAUAUGGGUUUAGAGUUUUACAGGAAUUAGAUCUGCGAGGUUCUCCAGUGAGUGACUCCGAGGUGUCCUCGUUUUGA